AUGCUUCAUUGCUCACUGUCACCUUCAGUAAUAUCUACCCUCCAGCACUUGCCAACUCUUCACAACCACCACCACCACCACCACUUCGACCAUCUACAGAAAGGAUUGUGCAAGGAAGUGAGAUCUCUAAUUUCCAGACAUCUUUUAGGAAUUUCAACACUUGGACAUGAAGGAAGAACAAGAGGCAGCAGCUUCGACUUCACUGCAACAAACACUGCAACUUGUCAGCUCAUUGGUUUCCUCGCCCUACUCGAUUCAAUGCUUCGCGGGGAAAUGGCAGUUGAUCCGCAGCAAACUCGAGCAACUAGUUUCAGUCCGCUCUUGGAUCGAUGCAGUGAUGGAUCUUACGACGACGGUAAGCUCCAUUUGAGGAGUGAUCUUGAUGCUGUCGUCUCCAAGCUUGAGUUCCACAUCAACAGCUUCACUGAAAUGAACUCUUCCCCCAAUGUGAAGAACUCCCAAGCCAUCAUCCUAUCAAAGCCAGGUGCCAAUGCCAGUAGAGAGGACAUCAAAUUCUAUAUCAAAGAUCUCUUAUCGAGGCUAAGGAUUGGAGAUCCGAUCAUGAGGAUCCAAACCUUAGUUGCCCUCAAAGAAAUUCUCGUCAAAGAUGAGAAACAUGUAAGAAUUAUGACCACAGAGGUAAAUGAUGCCAUAGAUAUCUUAGUGGCCUUUCUCGAAUAUAAAGAUGCUGGUGUUCAAGAAGGGGCUGCGGGAGUUCUCUCUGUGAUCGCCGAGUUGAAUUCUCACAGAGGAGCACUUGUUGCAUCAGGUGCGAUAGCUCCACUGAUACAAGUCUUGGAGAAGAGCACUGAAUUGGGCAAAGAGAGUUCAGCAAAAGUGCUACGGAAACUAACCGAGAAAUCGGACAAUGGGUGGUCAGUUUCUGCUCAUGGAGGCAUCACAGCUCUGCUCAAGAUAUGUGUCCAUCCAAAUAGUAGCAAAGAGUUAGUUGUUUUGGCUUGCCAAAUUCUGAAAAACCUUAGUAGUGCGGAAGAGAUGAGGAGGUUCAUGGUGGAAGAAGGAGCAAUUCGGGUUCUUUUGAAGCUCUCGAACUCGAUUGAGGAAGCUCAUCAGAUUCAAGCGAUCGAAUUGCUUCAAGAUUUGGCAUCUGGCGAUCGAACUGCUUCAGUUGCUUGA